UACACAUGACGUAACAUUUAAUCAGGCAGUUUCAAUUCAGUGAAGAAGUGCCAUGGCUGCAGUGCUGGAAAAAUUAAAGAUCCCACCUAAUUAUGACGUUGAGCGAGUAAUUAAAGAAGAUUUUGAUAGACUAAAAGGUCAUUACUAUCUUGAUCAUGCUGCUGCCACCUUGUACAGUGACAGCCAAAUCCAAGCAGCAUCGGCAGAACUCCAGAAUUCUCUGCUUGGAAACCCACACUCGCGCAGUUGUGUCAGUGAUGCUGCAACCCGGAUAGUUGACUCAGUUCGCCAAAGAAUUCUGGAUCAUUUUAAUACAACUGCUGAUGAAUAUGAUGUCAUUUUUACAUCAGGAGCUACCCAAGCACUGAAAAUAGUAGCAGAGCAUUUCAACUGGCAUGGCUCAGAGGAAACUUGUACUGAAAAUGGAGAUAUCAAUAUCAGCAAGAACAACCCAGAACCUACAAUCCAGCUGGAAAAUGGGCAUGUCAGCAAUAGUUCUGUGCAAGAGGAAGUAUUUGACAGUCAUAGAAAAGAAAAAACUCAUGGAGCUUUUGUGUAUGCAAUGGAGAAUCAUACCUCUGUGUUGGGUAUGAGGGGACCUGCUGCUGCUAAUGGUGCUGAUGUGUAUUGUCUCCAAACAGAACAGCUCCACCAUGUGCUAGAUAAGUGCAAGACACUUCCCUCCAAGACAAAUCUUAACCACACAGAUGCAAGGGAGAAGGAUAAUAGUGUAAGAGCUCCAAAUGGCAGCAGAAAGAAAAAGAGGCAUUGUCUCUUUGCUUACAGUGCCCAGUGUAAUUUUUCUGGUGUAAAGUCUCCUUUGGUAUGGAUAGAUAAAGUUCAGAAAGGUGCUUUAGACCCUGUCUUGAAGAGGCAACCUUUAAACAAGAAUAAUGCUCAUUUGCCAGAAAACACAGCAGAUGACUGCAUUUGGUAUGUGGUGCUGGAUGCUGCUGGAUUCACUGCUACCUGCCCCCUAGACCUCUCUCAGUGGAAGCCAGAUUUUGUUCCAGUGUCCUUCUACAAAAUCUUUGGAUAUCCAACAGGCCUUGGUUGCUUGUUGGUGCAUCAAAGAGCAUGGACAGUCUUGGGAAAAACCUACUUUGGGGGUGGUUCAGUGCUGAUGAUAGACUCUCGGAGGAUUGUGGCUGUGCCUCGGCCUGUUCUUCACGAUAAGUUUGAAGAUGGAACGUUGGCCUUCCUCAAUAUUCCUGCGGUUCGCAAUGGGCUUGAUACCAUUGAAAAUCACACAGGUGGGAUGAAGAACAUCCAGCAACAUGUUUUCAACUUAGCCCGCUACACACAUCACAGCCUGCGAAGUUUCAGGCAUGGGAAUGGAGCCCCUGUUGUUGAGGCUUAUCCUAAGGAUGCUAACUGGGAUGUAAGGACUCAGGGAUCCAUUGUUAACUUCAGCAUUCUAAAGUCGGAUGGGACCUAUGUUGGAUAUUCACAGGUGGAGAAAUUUGCUUCCUUGUACAACAUUCAUUUACGCACUGGGUGUCUGUGUAAUCCUGGAGCCUGCCAGAAGUACUUGGACAUCUCUGAGGAGACACUAAUUCAACAGUUUAAGGCUGGACAUGUAUGUGGAGAUGCACAUGACCUGGUAGAGGGUCUUCCGACUGGGUCUGUGAGGAUAAGUUUUGGCUACAUGAACUCCUACAAAGAUGCAGACCAGCUACUCCAAAUGGUGAAAGAGUGCUUUGUGGAAGGCAAUCUCAUUAUUGAUAGUUCAUGGAUAGAAGUUCAGCCCUGUUUAGUGGAAAAGGAAAGCCAUCACAUGAGAGGACAGACAGAAUCGGAAAAGUUGGAAAUUGUGAAUAGAAAUGAGGAACAUUGUGAUGGCGAUGAAAGUACUGUGAGAACCAUAAAUGGAUAUUUAGAUUCUGACGUUACAAACACACCAUUACAAGUGGAAAAUGAAAGAAAUGUGACAUCUGCACCACCACUUAAACUCACAAAUAUUAUUCUGUACCCAGUUAAAUCUUGCAGUGGUAUAUCAGUAAGAGAAUGGAGUAUAGGAGAAGAGGGACUGAAGUAUGACCGGCAGUGGAUGAUUGUAACAAACUCAGGGACAACGCUUACACAGAAAAGGCUUCCAAUUAUGAGCCUCAUAAAACCAAGCAUUGACAUGAUAAAUGGACUUCUUAAGCUUUCUUUCAAAGGUGAAAGUAUUGCAGUUCCCUUAGAACCUCAGGACGGCAGCACCAGAGACGCAUCUCUCUGCCGUGGUGUUGUGUGUGGCGACCGGAUAAGGGGUCAUGACUGUGGACCAGAAGUUGGGGCUUGGCUUUCACGGGUACUUCAGCAGCCUGAUUUGAAGCUCAUGCAGCAGCUGAAUAAGAGGACAGGAAAACUUGACUCCAAGGGCAAUGGUUCUUUAGGUGAGUCUCUUUCCUUUGCAAAUGAAUCACAAUACUUAGUGAUUCAUAGAGCAAGUGUGAGGAAGCUGCUGCAGGAUAUUUCAGAAAAAGGACUUGCAAAAUUAACAGAGGAGGAACUCGUAAGUCGAUUCCGAGCCAACCUGGUACUGGAUGGAGGGGAGCCUUACGAGGAGGACUCAUGGGAGGAACUGCUACUGGGCAAGCUAAGAUUUAAGGUUCAAGGAGGGUGUAACAGGUGCCAGAUGGUGGGUGUCAUUCCGGAAACUGGGGAGAGGAUGAAAGAGCCCAUGAUCACAUUGGCAGCUACAAGAGGUUCUUAUAUGAAGUUUGGAAUCCACGCUGCAGCUGUAUCCUCAGUGUCUAUUGAUGAAACUAUUUCAGUCAGAAGUAAAGUCCGUGUAACAUCUAAUGCAGACUUAAUGUAGAAACGUGAAUUUUAGAUCAGUGUAAAUAUUAUAUGCAUCCUUUGGGGUGUAAAUAUAUUGUAUAUACAUAUAUGAUUAUAAAUGUGAUUUUAUACACAUAUCUUGUAUAAUGAAAGCUAUAUUUUGUUCUUGAUUUACAAGCUAUUUGGGUAGACAUUUAUAAAGCACAUAACUGCAGUACAAAAGUGUUUUUAUGCAAUUUUUGUCUUGUAUGACAACGAACAUUUUCUAAGGAAAUGUUAAGUUUAAAUUACAUUAAUAUAUAUAUUUGUUAACUGUUUACACUAAUACAUUAUAAGUGAUUGUUGAUCUGUGAUACUCUCCACUAAGUACCAGUAUGUCAUUAAUAACAUAUUAGCUUAUUUUCAAGUUUUGUUUGGUUGGCAGCAAAAGCAGAAAUAAUCAUUCAUCUUUUCAAUAAAACAGAACUUAUAUACAUGUGUGUUUUAUGAGGGACUGACUGGAACCAUAAAUGCUCCAAAAGAUAAAAAUGCUAUAUUUAACAUAAAAAAAAAUCAGUUUAAUGCCAUAUUAACUGUUGCAGAAAUAAAUGGUAAUUACUGUAAAAAAAGUGUUUAACAAGAAUAAUUACAGAUGUAAAUCUAGGCUGUUAUCUGACAUUUUGGCACUCAAUACAGCAUCUUAGGUAUUAGACGAGUUCUGGUUAGUUUUGCAAUACUAUUAAGUUUAAUCAAAUGGAAACCUGACCAUUGUUGAAACUGAAAGGGUGAACUAUUAUUUGUAUAUAAUGUUUAUUGUGACAAAUUUACAAUACAUACUAUGUACACUAUACCUUGACAAUAUAACAAACAAGAUCAUUUCAAUGAUAAGGAAGUCAUUCAAAUGAUAAUACAAAUAUACCUUAGUCUAACCAAUAAAAAUAAAUUCAUCUGAUUUUUUGCACAGUAUGUGCAACAGAUGGAUUUGGAAACAGAAUUUUACCCAUACAAUUGUAUGAAUCAAUGAACUAUUUGUAUAAUGAAUCUACAAUAUGUCAGGCAAAAGCUGA